CACCCAUCCAUGCCUAGUUGCGACACUCACGCGGUAGCGCGCUAAGCAGUUGUUAUCGAUAGAGAGCUUCACAUAUGCCCCACGCGACUGUUGCCUUGAUCACCAACCCUCGCGGGAUAACUUGGCCAUUCAUUCUCUCGAUCUGAACAGAGUUUCAGCCGAUACAUAGGGUGAUUGUUUUUAGACUCCGAGCAAGUGUUCCCAACUCCGUCGGCCCUCACGAAACAAACAAUCCGCUUAGGCCUCCGAACUUGACGCAACCAGGUCGCUCAGGACGAAUCCACUAUGGCUUCUCAAGCCGUCGCCUCCGCCUUACAGCAGGUUGAGGGAGCUCCUGUGGGCGAAAAGCCGGCACAAUAUACAUCGCUGCUUCAACAUAUCACCGCAUCCUCGACCAACCCCGCGGCCGACCUCAACGCCUACGCACAAGCUCUCCUAGACGACUCAAUAGGCAUAGUCGUCCUGCGACCGCUUCUCGCUGCCUUCGUUGAUGCCUUCCGAACUAUAAAGAACCCAGACGACAAGAUCGAAGUGGGCGAGCGCGUCAUCACGCUGCUACAAUCCAAAGGUGCAGGACAGUACGAAGAGCAGGAUACACAGAUUAAGCAUGCGCUGGCAGACGCUUUCGAGCAGAACGACGACUACAGGAGGUCGGCGCAGACACUCGCGACCAUCAACCUGGAAUCAACUCAGAAGUCCGUCUCAGCAGAUGACAAGGCCAAGGUCUGGAUCCGGAUAGUGAGAUGCUACCUUGAAGUGGACGAUCCGACAAGUGCCUUUACACAUCUGAACAAGAUCAAGAACAUUCUGUUCAACGUUCAAGAUAAGGAGACCAAGCUAAUGUUCCAGCUCAGUCAAGCUCGAAUACUCGACUCGCAACGUUCUUUUCUGGACGCUGCGCAGGCAUACUACAGUAUGAGCAACGAGCUCAUUAUUCAUGAGGAUGAGCGUCUAAGCUUCCUUGGAAAGGCCAUCAUCUGCACGGUCCUUGCUCCGGCAGGUCCGCAGCGAGGAAGGAUGUUGGCCAAGUUAUACAAGGACGAUCGAGCAAGUCAAGCCGACGACUUCGCAAUCCUAGAGAAGAUCUUCCUAGAUCGUCUGCUCUCACCCGCCGAGAUCAAAGCUUUCGCCUCGAAGCUAGAGGCUCAUCACCUCGCAAAAACCGCCGAUGGCUCAACAGUUCUCGACAAAGCUAUUCUUGAACACAACUUACUUGGUGCUUCGAAACUCUAUAACAACAUCGGAUUCGACCAGCUAGGCGAGCUACUGGGAAUCGACGCUGAGAAGGCAGAGGACUAUGCAGCCAAGAUGUUGGAGCAGGGUCGUCUCGCAGGAUAUAUUGACCAGAUCGAUCGACUCAUCUUCUUCGAGGGCGAGGCCAGCGGAGAGCGGAAGACGGGUCAUGCGGAGCGUGUAGUCGGCAACGAACUACGGAAGUGGGAUGCGAACAUCGCAGGACUGGCAGAAGAGGUGGAGAAGGUUGCAUCGGCGAUCCAGAACCAGUAUCCGGACUUCUACGCUUCCCAAGUGGUACAUUGAGAGCGCCAGCAUUUGAAGGUAUACGAUUGAAACAACAUCCCCAUUCGGAUGGAUGGAUGCUCGGCAGGCUCAGGCCAAGACGGCCAAAGGCACUGUCAACACUGACAAAGCAAGCGUAUUGUUAGAUAGAUGUACCAGAUGCUGAAAACUGGCUGACCAGAGCUGCGAAGUUCACACGGACGCAUUAGUGCUAUCGGUAGACC